AUCAUUUCCGGUGAGCCAUUUCCAUUUCCGGCUGUGCGCUGUGAGGUGCCGGCCGCCAUUGCUCUCCGCCCCCCUCCAUCAUGGCGCUGGUCCUGCUGCCCUCCCGCUGCCUCCGCCGCCUCCCCCCGCCGCUCACAACCCGCGGCCUCAUCACCCCCCGGCCCGGGGGGUCCCCACCCCCAUCUCUUCCUUUAAGCCGCCGUUUGAUGGUGGUGGCGGCUGUGGGAGGCGCUGCGGGAGGAGCGUGGUUGUAUCUAAAGGCCCGUAAGGAACGAGAGAGGACGGAGAAACGGCACCGGGAGCUGCGGGCCUUGGCGCUGGGACACGGCGACUUCCAGCUGCUGGAUCACGGCGGGCGGCCCCGCAGCAAGGCCGACUUCAUCGGGCAGUGGGUGCUGCUGUAUUUCGGCUUCACUCACUGCCCCGACGUGUGUCCGGAUGAGCUGGAUAAACUGAGUCGAGUUGUGGAGCUGCUGGAUCGGGAUCCGGCCCUGCCCCGCCUGCAGCCGCUGUUUAUCACCGUGGAUCCCGAGCGGGACGACGUGGAGGCUUUGGCUCGUUACGUGCGGGAUUUCCACCCGAGGAUGGUGGGGUUGACGGGGAGCAGCGAGCAGGUGAAGGCUGUGAGCGCUGCAUACAGGGUGUACGCCAGCGCCGGGCCCAAGGAUGAGGACGGGGAUUACAUCGUGGAUCACACCAUCAUCAUUUACCUGCUGGGACCCGACGGGCUGUUCCUGGAUUAUUACAACCGCAGUAAGACAGCCGAGAAGAUCGCUGAGAGCGUCAGGAGACACAUGGAGAACUACCAGCCCCUCCUACACUGAGCACCCACAGGGCUCAGGAUGGGGGGCAGCCCCCAAAGGGAAACUGCAGCCCCACAGGACUCUCGGGCAGCCCCCAAAAGGAAAUUGCAGCCCCAGAGGGAAGCUACAGCCCCACAGGACUCUGUCUGGACGUGAGGCAGCCCCAAAGGGAAGCUACAACCCCAUAGGGCUUAGAAUGGGGGGCAGCCCCCCCCAUAAGGAAACUGCAGCCCCAAAGAGCUCUGCCUGGACAUGGGGCAGCCCCCAAAGGGAAACUGCAGCCCCACAGGACUCUGUCUGGACGUGGGGCAGCCCCAAAGGUCUCAGGAUGGGGAGCAGCCCCCAAAGGGAAGCUACAGCCCCAAAGGAAAGCUGCAGCCCCUCAGGGCUCUGCCUGGACAGGGGGCAGCCCCCACAGGGAAGCUGCAGCCCCAAAAGGCUCUGCCUGCAUGGGGGGCAGUCCCCAUAGCAGCAAGAAGCUUCCCUAUAACCCACUCCAGCCCAUAGGGAUGCUUUGUUCACGUCACCAAAAACGAGGCCGCCUUUACUAAAGUCGGGAGGUUUAUUGCUGAGAGCUGUGGGGUGGUGGGGGCUGUACAGAGUGGAAUAGGGGGGGGUUUAUAUGGGGUGAGGGGCUCAUUCGCAGGCUGAGGGGGCCAUGUAGGUGCGGAAGCGCUCGUGUGCCCGCUCUCUUGUGAGCAGCCGCAGCCGUACCGUGUCCACGGCCUCCUCCAGCCCCGGGGCCUGCGCCACCUCCACCGUGUAGUCGUUGGCCUGGGGAGAGGAGCAGGGGCUGCAGCAAAGCCCUACCCCCCAUAUCCAACCAUCUUCCCCCCCCCUCACCCCCAGGGCCCCACACUCACCAGCUGCAAUGAGGCCAGCAUGUAGCGGCACACCUCGAAGGGGGGCAGCCCGGCCACCAGGCUGGCAAAGGACUGCCACUGCCCCAGGCUGCCGAAUCGAGCUGCCAGCCUGUCCCCGUAGCUGUGGAUGUCGAAGGCCGUACGCUCCUCCUGCAUGACAGCGGGGUCAGUGCUGACCCUCUGCCUCCCCCAUCCAGCCCCACUGUUGUUCCCCCUGCAGCUUUACCUGCUCCUGCAGCGCCGGCCCCAUCUUCUCCUCCCAAAGGCGGAUGUGUUGGGAGAGCUCCGUCUCCUGUACGUACCGCUGGGAGUUGGCGAUGAACAGCUCCUGCAAGGACCAAGGGAUGUGGAACAAGAUGGGAACAAGGACAGUGUGGGGAUGAGGGACACCUACAGCACCCGCUGUGCCCUCGCUGUCCCUGCCCUGAGCUCGGGCACAACACAUACCACGUUCUUCCUCACCAGCUCCUCAUAGCUCAGCGCAUCCACGUCACAGGGAGCUGUGAGAGGUGGGACACACAGCUGCUCAGGAUGCACUGCAGUGGUUGAAGGAUGGGGUGCCCUCACAGCUCCCCCAGGGCUCACCCAUGGCUUUCUCCACUAGAUUCUCCACAUCCUCCUCUUGGAUGUCUUCAUGCUCCACAAAGUCAUCUGCAGGAAGGGCAGGCUGUGCUAAGGACCCCCAUAGCUCCUGCAGCAGCUCAGCCCUCAGAGACUUCAGAGAGAUCAGAGACUUCAGCAAUACCUGCUGCUUCUCCAUCCCCAUCAUCCCGCUCCGGUGCAUUCAGCUCUUCCUCCUCUUCAUGCUCUGGCCGUAGUAACAAGGGUGGCCCCUGGGGAAAAGCAUUGAGUCCCCAGCCAGCGCGGCUCCCACCACCCUCCAACCCCAUCUGCGUGCUCACCAUCCUGCUCUGCAGCUUCCUCUGUGCCACCAGCCGCUCCUGCUGCUGCUUCCAGUACAGCGCCUCCAGAUCUGCACAGACACAACGCAAAGCACAGGUCAGCACUGCCAACCUGCAUCCCCUGAUACAGAACGAGGCUUCCUGGGUUCCACAGUGUGGUUUUGGGGCUGCCUUAGCACCCAUCCUUCUCUCUGCACCAACAAGCUGGGAGCUCCCCUGAAUGCAGAAGAGGUUUUGCACAGCAAGAAGGGGGCAACGCUCUGCAUAACAAUGUUUAAAGGCUGCUUUUUGAAUGAGGAACGGCUGCAGGACUGGAAGUCACAGGUUUCAGUGUUGUGAACAUUAAACACGACCAAUCCUCAUCCAUU